GACCGGAGCGCGCGCAGACUUCAGCCCUUCCGGACACAGCUAGAGCGCGUCUGCGUUCAGAGCCGGCGACUUUUCUUAAGUCGAAAAGCGGAAUAGUGAAUUAACGCCUCUUCUGUGCCUCGGGGUCAGGAAGUUGGUUCAGGGAGAUGGUGUGGAUGAACAGAUGAUUUGAGAAUCUGGUCUGUGUUCUUGUCUCUUGGGCAGAAGCUCUGUUUCCAGGGUGAUGAGCGAUAUUCUGUGAAAAUCAAGAUUAGUAUGGGCUGUGCUUGCUGUAAGCAGAGGAAGGCCACCAAAGUGGCCAAUGUGUCAUAUGGUGACACAUGUGACGCAGGGGGUGGGGUUCAAGCGCUGGACAGCUCGCGUUACAUUGCAGACCCCACACAGAACUCAGGGGCCGGCCUCAUCCCAAACUUCAACGAUUUCCCCAGCACAAUCUCUAGCUCUAGUGCAUUUCCUGCAUCCAGCUUCCCCUCCAACCCUAGCCAAGCACGGUCUACUGCCAUCACAGGAGGAGGGGUGACACUGUUUAUAGCGCUAUAUGAGUAUGAUGCCCGGACAGAAGAUGACCUGAGCUUCCAGAAGGGGGAAAAGUUCCACAUUAUCAAUAACACCGAAGGUGAUUGGUGGGAAGCACGCUCUCUGGACACUGGAAAGUCUGGAUACAUUCCCAGUAACUAUGUGGCCCCUGUGGAUUCAAUACAGGCUGAGGAAUGGUAUUUUGGGAAAAUGGGCCGUAAGGAUGCAGAACGGCAGCUCCUGGGCCAGACCAGCCCUAGAGGGACCUUCUUAAUAAGAGAGAGUGAGACUACUAAAGGAGCAUACUCUCUGUCUAUCAGAGACUGGGAUGAGGCGAAGGGCGACCAUGUAAAGCAUUAUAAGAUCAGGAAGCUUGAUAAUGGUGGAUAUUACAUCACAACCCGCAGCCAGUUUGAAACUGUUCAGCAACUGGUGCAACAUUAUUCAGAUCGUGCAGCAGGGCUUUGCUGCCGUUUGAUGGGCAGCUGUAGGCGGGGUAUGCCUAAAUUAGCUGACCUGUCAGUGAAGACUAAGGAUGUUUGGGAGAUACCGAGGGAGUCACUUCAGCUAAUUAAGAAACUGGGCAACGGUCAAUUUGGUGAAGUGUGGAUGGGGAUGUGGAAUGGCACUACUAAAGUGGCAGUGAAGACUCUGAAGCCAGGCACUAUGUCUCCAGAGGCCUUCCUAGAUGAGGCCCAGAUCAUGAAGAGACUACGCCAUGACAAACUGGUGCAGCUGUAUGCUGUGGUGUCAGAAGAACCAAUCUACAUCAUCACAGAGUUCAUGAGUCAAGGAAGCCUGUUAGACUUUCUCAAAGAUGGAGAAGGCAGAAAUCUGAAGCUGCCUCAACUUGUGGACAUGGCUGCACAGAUUGCAGCUGGGAUGGCGUACAUUGAGAGGAUGAACUACAUCCACAGAGACCUGAGAGCAGCCAACAUCCUGGUGGGAGAGAGCUUGGUCUGUAAGAUUGCCGACUUUGGGCUAGCCAGACUCAUCGAAGACAAUGAAUACACCGCCAGACAAGGAGCAAAAUUUCCCAUAAAGUGGACCGCCCCAGAGGCAGCUCUCUAUGGCAAAUUUACCAUCAAAUCAGAUGUGUGGUCAUUUGGCAUCCUACUGACUGAACUCAUUACAAAAGGCAGAGUGCCAUACCCAGGGAUGAAUAACAGGGAGGUACUGGAGCAAGUGGAGCGCGGUUAUCGUAUGCCAUGUCCACAGGGCUGUCCAGCCUCUCUGCACGAGUUAAUGUUGCAGUGUUGGAGGAAGGACGCAGACGAGCGCCACACCUUUGAGUACCUGCAGGGCUUCCUGGAGGACUACUUCACCGCCACUGAACCACAGUACCAGCCGGGAGAGGACCUGUGAUGCAAGCACGUGUAAAGUGAUUUGACUGCUCUUCCAGUGCAUUUAAUGUGUUUUAAAAGGGAUUUCCAAGUGAGGCCCUCAUACUAAGUCUUCAAAUGAAUAUAUGUGGGAUGAUGUGCAAACCUUCUUCCUAAAAAAUCUUUACUUCAAAGUAAAGUAAUUUUAAAGCAAAGAAGCAAUUUCUCCUGAAGUAUUACAUUAAAAGCAAUAACACAUUUAAAAGCAUAUGAAUACUGUGUAAGCUGAAUUUGCACAGUGUUACUGUAAUAAGGUUUUCUAUUAGCAAAGAAGUCAGACUGGACUUUUUACAGGACCUUGCACAGUCACAAGUAUGUUUUCACCACAGUAGGCCUACAGGCCGGAACAAAUGAACCAUCAGGACAUAUCUUUAUAAUGUUUUUAUAAUUUCUUUAGACUGAUUUUAUUUUUUUUUAUCAGAUAUUUUAUUGCUUUAUCCUUAACCUUCUUAUCUGAAGCUAUAUGAUUUUCAUAGCUUUAACAACAGGGGUAAGCAUAAUCCCUGAAUUAGCACUGCUGUACACUGCUGAAGCUUUGAGGCUGGUCUUGGGUUAGCAUUGACAUGUCGUUAAAGUAUAGUGAUUAUUCAUGUAGGUCAGACACAACAGCCCUAACAUGUGCUUUAAAGGGGAAUUGUAUCUAUCUUUUAUAGUAUUUUAUGUCACAAAAUACCACUGAUUAAAAAAUUAAUAAGUGCCUAACAAACUGGUGCCUUCAAGUAUUGUCAGUGUUUGUUUUGUGUUUUGGAUUUCUCCAGUCUAUAAUUAUUGAUAGAUUAUUCGAGCGUGUUGUGCAUUUUGUAUGCAGUUUCAUUACAACAACCUGCUCAACACGUUUGUGUCUGAAGACUCCAUUUAUCUCUCACACACUCACACAGAGAGAGAGAGAGAGGGAGAGAGAGAGAAACAAUGUUUAAUUAUAAUUUCUCAAGAAUUAUUGCCAUCUCUGGUAAAACAUGGUCACAGGAUGGUUAUGGAAAGUCUUCACCAAACAUUUCACGACAGCAUAUUUGCUUUCUAAUUAUUGGAUUGUCCAGAUCUUACAUAUAUGCCAAACAUCUAAAUUAAAAUAAGACAGAAAAUGCUGCUGUUUAAGAAUUGGCAGUUUCUACCAUUGUUAUGUGCAUAGCAUUACCUAGUUACAUCUCUAAACCAAUGCUAAGAAGAACACUUGGGGAUGUGAUUAACCUGUGCACAAUGAGGAAAAUACUUAAAGUGUAAAAAAAAAUGAUCAGCCAUAGAAAAAACAGGUAUUGCAAUUACUAAAAGUCUAAGAUUCAUUAUAAAAGGACAAUAAAAUAGCUGAUAAGCUGUGAACAGUCUGUCCUGUCACAGAACAACAAAGAAAGAAUCUGGAAAAACAUGACUUUGUUUUGGAACUUUGGUACUGAACUGGUCAGCUGAGAGGAAAACAAACAGUAUAUGAUGAUUUGGCAUAUAGUAGGAUACAUAGUCAUUCAGAUAACAAGCUCGACACGAAUAGCAUUAGGGAUUCUAAUGAGUCUCAGUACAUUAUAUAGCAAAACAAAUAAAAAUACAAACACAGAAUCUUCUAGUAAGUAAAUGAUUCAAUGUAUCACUCCAGAUCCAUACAAAAUGCCUCGCAUACCAAAGAAACGGUCAUGUUUGGGUACUAAACUCAACUCAACUGAAAACACCUGGAGAAUACAGAAAACUCAGUACCCUUCCUAAAUGUCUAAAUUCAAUAUUCUUUUUCCAUAUGAUCAAUUAUUUACAUCUUUACACAAUCGUACUGCAUGAAAUGAAUGAAUGAAUGAAUGAAAGUAAAAACUGAAUUAAUAUUAAACAUUUGAUAAGAUAUGAAAGUGUGUGCACAACACCUGCAUUUGUUAAAGCUGUUUGCUUGAAAUAAACUUUCUUACAAAUACUGCAAAAA